CCAGGCUCUGUUUUCUUGAGCGGGUGGACUCGCAGACCGAGAGCACCGCUCCUCCAGACUGCACCCCCGCACCAAGACACACAACAGCCACUUGAGUCACACGAGACUUCUCAAAAAUGCUGCACAGUGAACUUCUUGACGCCGAAAGACUUCCAAAAAAGGUUCCAGGUCACGCGCGCAAACUGAAACCGAACAAAGCGGCCAACAGCAAAAUCUUGCGUCAGUCUAUUCGGCAUUAUUUUGACGACGGACUCGAGACGAGUGAGUUUAGGACGGACGCCAACAUCAGGGAGAGAAUGAGAACACACAGCGUGAACAGUGCCAUGAGCACAUUGCGCACCCUUAUUCCAACGGAACCAGCAAAUCGGAAGCUCAGCAAAAUUGAAAUUCUCAGACUCGCUUGCAGUUACAUUGCGCACCUCGACACCACCCUGGUUUAUGGGAGGGAAGAGCACCCAUGUCUUCUGCGUGGUGGGCAGGGCAACAAUAAUCCAGCGCAAGAACGCACUGUCUGCACUUUCUGCCUGGCCAACCUCAAACGAGCUAGCAAAGCGGCGCGGCAGUGUUAUUCACCAGACCUUCCAGCUGAGCAAAACCAGCUUUCUGAGAACGAACACUAUGAAGAAGCGCAAAACGUUUGGGUCAACGGAGCUGAUAUUGAUUACUAAUAAGCUCAAAAGACUUAAUUUUAUAAAAAGUAGUUCCCACGUGCCUUUUUCUGGUUUGACAAUGAGACCAUAAAUUUGUAAAUAAUUGAUUCGUUAUAGUUACUAAAAUUUUGUUGUUAAAAUAUUAAAAAAAAAAAAAAAAACGGAUAUUUGAAGAAAAAUUUCAAUAAAUUUAAUUAUGUACUGAAUUAAACUGCAUAAUAUAUGAAUAAGUUUCCUUCUAUUUCUUCAAACAGUGUGCAAGCAAUAAAAUCUUAA